AUGCUCCGAUUGUCAGCGGUGCUGCAGCACUGGCACUACAAGGCGUGGCAGCGUUCAACAGCGGGUUAUCUGCGUACAUUUAUGAAGAAUAAACUUCCCGGAAACGAACUGGUUGGCUACGUGAUUAACGACAAACACCCCAAAUCCAUCCGCGUCGCCUGCGACAGAUAUAUGUACGUGGUUCGUUACAAGAAGACCUUCAGGUACACAAAGAAAGUCUGGGCGCACGACGAGGCGAGCGAAGCGCGUUUAGGAGACGUUGUGCGGCUGCAGCCGCUGGGGUAUCGCAUUGGCCCCUGGAAGAAUUACUUAUUGGUGCGGAUUCUGCACAAAGAGCCGAGGCCAGACUCCCCGCAGCUGCCACAGUAG